AUGGACAUAGUUGCUUCGGCGGGAGCACCAUUUAUUCCUUUACACAAGAACUAUGUUGUUAUGGUUCCUACGGAGAGUGGGAGAAGGAAAGAUUUGUGGAUCUCACUUCACCCUAACUUAGAGGCAAAACCAAAAUAUGCUGAUGCCAUACUGAAUGGAAUUGAGAUCAUGAAGAUAAGUGAUAGCAAUCUUAGUCUUGCAGCAAUGUUGCAAUUGAGAAGAGGACAAAGAAAGAAGAAAGUUCAACAUGCAAUUAUUGUAGCUGGUGCUACUUCGGGUACCAUUUUGGGACUGCUCUUCACAUUUUUCAUUCUUAUCCGCAGAUCACUUAAAAAAUUGAAGUGGGCUUCUUAUAUACUCCCAUCAAAUUCAAGUAAUACUCUCAAAAACGUUCAACCCACAGUAACCUCAGGUCUUUUCCAUCAAUUCACAUUUGCAGAAAUCAGCAUAGCUACAUGCAACUUCAGUGAAGCUCUUGUCAUUGGGGAGGGAGGCUUCGGAAAGGUGUACAAAGGCAUCAUGCAAUAUGAUGGAUUUACUCCUGUUGCACCAUUGCCAUGGAUUCAAAAAAAGAUCUGUGUUGGUGCAGCUCGAGGACUACAUUAUCUCCACACUAGCACAAGGCACCCAGUUAUUCACCGUGAUGUGAAGUCAGCCAACAUAUUAUUGGAUCAGAAUUGGGUAGCCAAGAUUGCAGAUUUUGGGUUGUGUAGAACAGUUCCCUCACUUUACCACUCACAUGUUAGCACUGAGGUUAAAUGUACUCCGGGAUAUUUAGACCCUGAGUACUACAUGAGAAGAAAACUGACAAAAAAAUCUGAUGUGUAUUCAUUUGGAGUGGUUUUGUUUGAAGUGUUUUGUGGAAGACCGGCUGUGAAUCCUGUGGCAGUGGAAGAGGAAAGUGAGAAAGUUGGGUUGGCCAUACACCGAGACUUUGCAGUGAUGGUUCCCCAUGUUAAUGAGGGAAAGCAAGAUUUAUUUAUUAUGGCUUGA